AUGAAGCCAGUCAUCUGCAUAUCCCUCCUUCUCGCCGCAGGCGUCGACUUGGCGGCUGCCCGACCAGCCAACCUGCAUAUGAGGCGCGUUGGUGGUCACAUCCACAGACGCUCCUCCGUGUGGAACACAAAACUCGGUCGACGUGAAGUGCCCCAGGAGCACUCGCAUGAAAAAUUUCUUACCACCGUCAACACCAACCUGAAGCUGGACAACCCAGACAACAUCGUGGACGCCGUGUUUGGACUUCUUGGCAAUGCUGCUGCUUCGGCUGGCCAGGGAGACAUUACGGAUACCGACUGUCUCCAACAAGCCACUGCCGACCAAGCGUUCACCAAUGCCAAAGCCAACGGUGACGUUGACGGCAUGACUGCUGCUUUGAUCUACCGAGCACUCGAGCGCAACACUGGUGCUGUCGGACAGGCAUCCGUUGCCUGCACGUCCAUCACGCCUGUCAAUCCCGAGAUUGCUGCCAUCUCUCAGCACCAAGAUCCAGCUUCUGACAAUGCCACCAGCAUCAACAAGGAUAUCGCAUUGGCGCUUGCCGUUCAGAUUGCGAACAUUGGCGGCAACCCACUGGACGCGCUGCAAUCCGGCACUUUCGCUCCUGGUGAGAUCGGCGAUCCCACUGGUGCAGGCAAUACCUGUGAUGUCGUCGAUGAACCUGUCGGCUGCAUCUUCACUCAGAACCUGCUUGUUGAAGAUGCCAGUGAAGACGAAGUGAACGCUGCCGUUGCUGCUUCGGCCACUGCGAACGCUGGGGCUGCUGAUGCUACUGCCCUCGCAGAGUGUACCGCUGCCCCCGACGACUCUACGGCAGUUGCGGGUACCACCACCGCCGUCGAAGCCGCCAGCACAACAGUUACUGAGGCAGCCACUCAGACAGCAGAAGCCGUUGCUAGCAGCACCGCGGCCGCGACGGGAGCUGCGGCCGCUGAGUCAGGGGCUGCGACAUCUGUCGGGUCCUCUAAUCUGGACUUGGGGUCUUGUGACAACCCUACCAUCAUUUUCGCAGAUAACCUCGACGGCCGCAAAGAAGCUUCUUUCGCACCUGCCGACGAGACGACUUUUACGCACGGCUCGGCGCUGAACAUCAAGGUGAUUUCUGACUUCGUCUGCCAACAACUCGAAACGAAAUGCCAAGCAUCCCAGGAGGCCAUCGACGCAUGCAAUCAAGGAGCGACUGCUGCACAAGGCGAGACAGGCCAAGCGGCAGCUGAUGCAUUCAACCAGGCACUAGGCUUCUAG